AUGACAUUCAAAAGUGGACAAAAGGAAAGACCAACAAAAACUAUUCGCAAAUUCUUCCGCUGCCUAAAAACACUGAUAUCGAUAUUUUCAUUACUUUCCACAGUUCAAAUUUACCCGUGCGACAGCAAACCUUGCUUAAAUGGUGCCACUUGUAACAACGAUCCUAAAGACAUCUCCAAAUACAACUGUAAAUGUGCAGACUGGUUUACUGGGACUAACUGUGAAGUGGCUCAAACGAUUUGCGAUACUGAUAAACCGUGUCUAAAUGGAGGGUUAUGUUCAAGCUCUUCCAGCAGGCCGGACAAAUAUUCGUGUGACUGCGGAGACUGGUUCAAAGGAACGAAUUGCCAAGUUCGACUGUUCCCGUGUGACAGCAAACCCUGUGUGAACGGGGCCACCUGUACGAAUGACAAUGGAGAUGUUUCAUUGUAUCACUGUCACUGUACUGGCGGCUACAGCGGGAAAAACUGUCAAGUCCCUGUCUUUAGCAAAAUCGCUUGCUUUAAUACUGGUUCCAGUUUCCUCUCUGACAUACUCGAUGACUUCAAGUCUCAAGUCGUAGAUAACAAGCAGCAGGAGGUUAUCAGCGCAUGCGCUGAGUUGGCCUUUGAUAAAGGCUACAAGUUCUUUGCACUGGGAUAUAAUGGCUUAUGUCGGUCAGGACCGAACGCACGCGAUGAAUAUCACAAACAAGGUGCCACCAGUGAUAGCAACUGCCUGAAUGGCAUCGGUAUUAAUAAACGUAAUGCUGUAUAUACAUUUGAGUUACUUCCAAAGCAAAUUAGUCUGGGAUGUUUUAAAGAUAAAAAGUCAUCUCGAUUGCUUAAUAUAAAGUUUGGGAGUUUUUCGAGUUCAUAUGAUGCACAGAAUCCAUAUGUGAUGGUCAUCAGAUGCUCUCACCUCGCCCGAGAUAUGGACUAUGAAUACUUUGCUGUGCAGAACUCUGGCGACUGUCGUACAGAUGUGAACAUAAUUGAAAACUAUAAAACCUAUGGGGAGGCCUCUUCAGACAAGUGCCAGGGAGGGGUGGGUGCAUCACUAACUAACUUUGUAUACAGACUCAGACCUGCGUUCACUGGCCCAAACGUGUGCGAUACUGUAACGUGCAAGAACGGAGGGACAUGCGUGGUGCAUUUUAAUGAUCCGGAUAAGUACUACUGUGAGUGAGCUGGUUUUUCAUGGAGAAAAAUGUGAAAGAGCAGCGAAAACGUAAACCGGUCACUCCAUGGCUUCCGUUUUCUUUAACAGAAAGACUACACUGUCAAAUGAUUUUUUUCCUUCCUUUAUAUAGUCAUUAUCCUGAACAGAUUAGUAUUGGUGUUAGGAAUCUAUGGAAAAUAAUAAAAUGAUGGACAAAGA